GCUGCUCACUCCACAAACAGCUGAUUGAUAAUUUGAAAAUUACUUUGUAGCCUUAAAUUUUCCGAUAGAAUUAAUACUAAUUUUUGUUACUUAAUAAAUGUUGCAAAAUCACGUGAUUGUGCUGCAAUCGGGCUAUGCCAAGGAGGAUGCCUAUGAUCCAAAAGCAAUGCGUGCCAAUUGCAGCUGCACGCUAAUCCGUUGCCGUGAUAGCAGCAAUAUCAUCGUGGACACUAUGACCGCAUGGGAUGGCGAGCACUUGAAAUCUCUGCUAGCUGGACAGGGAUUGCAACCAGAUGAUAUAGAUGUGGUUCAAGCGCGCUUUCAUAUCGUCGGCUCCACAGCAUCCAAGCAUGAUCUUUACACCGAGCAUACCGGAGCACUGGAUACGCACGGAGAGGUUCUCUUGGAGAAGACACCUGGACAUACGUUAAGUUGUGCAUCGGUUAUCGUGCACAAUAGUCAGUUUGAUGGCACCACUGUGGGCAUAUGCGGGGAUCUAUUCGAGCGUUUUGAGGACAUAGAGGAUGCCCAGAUAUGGAAAGCUGCUGGCAGUGAGGAUGAAAAACAACAGGCGGAGCAACGAUACCGCAUGGCAGAAUUAUGCGAAUAUAUUGUGCCCGGACAUGGAACCAUAUUCCAAUUGAAUGAUGAAAUGCGAAAGAAAUUGAAAAAUAUUUGAAGUAUUUCGAGCAGAGUUUCUUAGGCCUGUUGAUAUGAUUACUUGUUUUGAGGAGCAAGCUGUGAUAUUAACAUUAUAUAAUGCCUUUUUUUUUGUAUUUUAUGGGCGCUUGUAUGUUUAAAUCAAAUUUCGUCUUGCACUCGUUUCGUUACAAGUUUUUUUGGUCUCAAAUUUUUUACCGUUUAAGCGAAGCUAUGUUUCAUAAAUCAAUAAAGACAUUGCCUAUUUAAA